AUGUUUAACAGAAUGAACUUCACGUUCAACGUGCCCAAGGGAAAUUGGACCGAGUCUCAGCACCUAAAUCGCCGAGGUAAAAUCACCAAGAAAUACAGAAUGCCUAACGGACUGAGCUUCACAUUCAACUUAGAAGGAAAGCCUCAGCCACGCAGCAAGGACCAGGGACGCUGUUAUCACCAACACUGCAACCACAAGAAGCAGAACUGGAACUUCCGCGGUGGCAAGUAUCCCCGGAACAACCAGCGCUGGCGGCAGUACAAACGAAACAGCAAGCAGCAAAAGGCACAGCGACAGCGAGCACAGAGCCAAUUUCACGAGACGGUAUUCCCAAGUGACUUCCAAUCCUGGGAGCCUCUCACUCCAAUGCUCAUGUCCCAGGGUUACACCUGGCAACAGUCGACUUCCAGCACUCUCCCCCCACAGCACCAAGUCGAAGACGAGUACCCGCUGCAGCCCCCAGAGCAACAUGAGCCCCAGAGGGUAUCGAGCCAGUUCCACGAGAUGCUGGGUCCAAGGGAUUUCAGAAAUUGGGAUCGUCUGGACUGUUCCAAUCAAGGGUCCCAGGACCGCCAAGGUUGGCAGCAGCCAACCCUAGUUACACCCAGACAGCAGCAUCAAUCUGACACCGGACGCGUGCUGGACCAAGUGAUUGAGAAGAUGCGUCAGGAGCACCAAAGCCAGACUCAACUGGCGCAGGUGAGAGCUGAGAAACAGCGACAGCUGCAGCAAUACAUUGACGGCAAGCACAGGAAGUACCAGCUUGCGGGCCAGGCUAAGCAGUUUAAUCAGCGGGGAACUGAUACUCAGUCAAGUUGUGAGAGCUCGAGAUCUCCCACCCUAAGUGCAGCAUCGGGUAUCGACGAGGACGAUGAGUCCGUUAUAUUCAACGGAUAUCGCUACCUGUGA